AUGGCUUACAUCUUACUUCGCAAUGCCACCCCGAUUUUGCGGGCCGCUUCUUCAGAAGUAUUUGGAUUCAUUGGAAGAUGCUCACUCGAAGCUUUCAUUCUCCAAUAUCACCUCUGGCUGGCUGCUGGCACCUCAUGGAGAUUUGUCAACUUUGUUGUCGUAGCAGCCAUAUUUAUUGGGAUCAGUCACAGAAUGGCGCAUGCUACUUCAGAAUUGACCUCCUUGAUAUGUGACACUGAGGAUGAACACCGAAUUCCGUCGAGCAGAGGUGCCUUGCCUGUAGCAGAACAGACCCAGAAUCCAAGUGGUACAUCGUCGAUGGAAGCAGACGAAGAACACAUUCCACUUCAAGAAACCCAAAGCGCCUUCCCAAACGAUAUUAUGGAAGAUAAAGUUAGGGAAGUCGGAGUUUCUGACGGGUUGGAAGGCGAUGAUAGGACUUUGAUGCCAGAAGAGGAAGAGUCCCUUCGAUUAGAGGAGGGAACUUGGACUUCGAGCAUGAGGCUAACGGAAACCAACUCUUCGUUCUCUCUCCCGAUCCGUCUCGCUAGUCUCGCUUUUUGCAUGUGGGUUUUGAAUGUGACCUGGCCAGAUCCACCACCUUCUAUUCCUUGA